AUGCCAAUCCUCUGUUCUGGAUCAUCAGUCAAGAACGUUCAUAUCCCCCAUUCCAAAUGGCAGCACCAACGUCAAUCCACCGUCGACCCUUCUUCCCCUGCAACCAAAUUCGGUUGUAUGAGUCAACUCAACCGAACCCUUAAUAAAAUCUAUGCAUUCCCCACUCCCCACCGCCGAUUAAUCUCUUCCGCCACCGCCGCCACCGUCGCCGCCACCUCCAACGUCGCCACCAACAUCAAGUAUCAUAAGCUGAAACGGAUUUUUACAGGCCAUAAACAGUCAUCUACGAAUGUGGAAACUAAUGGAGAGAGAGUUGUUCAAAGUUGUAGAGAAGUCCGGUCGAAUUGCCGGCGGGGUAAUAGGAAUAAGAAUAAGAAUAGCUGUCGGCCACCGCCGGCGCCGGUAAAUGUGGCUCAAAUGGAUCCGCCGUUGCCGGUGGUGGUUAAGAAGGUUCGGACAACAAGAGAAGACGGGCGAGAAGAGGUUAAUCUGUGGAAGAGAAGAUCUAAUGGACUUGAAUUAAAGAGUUUGGAAAUUACAGGCUAA